CACCCAUCCUCGGAUCCUGACAGGCUCGGUCAGUCACCUUGAACGCUCAUCAUGACUCAACUCGCGGAGAUCGACGCACUCGAGGUGUUGGUUAUUGUCGACAACGAGGUCGACCCGAUAUCAUCCUACCAAAUUCCUGGAUUGACAGUUGGCGGGCAACUAGCAGAUGUGGCUCUUCGGGGACCGCUCCAAGAUGAUGAGAGAGGUUCCGCGAAGUUCGAGAUCAGGAUGGACAAUCUCUGCUGCGGUGCCCAUGGCUUAUCUUUGAUGAUCACAGCAAUCAAAGGAGAUAAACGCCACACGAUGCUGUUUGAUACGGCACCAGAAGACCACAUCUGGGAGCGCAACGCCAAACGGCUUAGAGCAGACAUUGGAUCGAUCGAGAUGGUGCAACUAUCUCAUUGGCAUCGAGACCACUCUGGAGGUAUGCUGAAAGCCGUGUCUAUGAUUAAUCAGGCACGACUCUCGGAAGAUGGGGUCAUCGUUGAUCUUCAUCCCAAUCGGCCUACCUACCGAGGCUUCCUGGGCCCAGCUGGGCCAGUGUCACUGGAGGCUGACCCAACAUUCGCUGAGAUUGAGGCGGCGGGAGCCACUGUGAUGAAGAAUGACCAACCGCACACGGUUCUAGAUGACAUGUUUCUGGUGUCGGGCGAGAUUCCUCGCGUGACUCCUUACGAGGUGGGUUUCAAGCGCGGCAUGAGGUUCAACCAAGACUCCGCUAGCUGGGAAAGUGACGAACUCAUUCAGGAUGAGCGAUUCUUGAUGUGCAACGUCAAAGGAAAAGGCCUCGUGGUGUUCACGGGUUGCAGUCACGCUGGAGUUGUCAACGUGGCGAAGCACGCCUUAGAGCUCGGCGGGAAAUCGCCUUUGCAUGCGGUAAUCGGCGGCUACCAUCUCGUGGGGCCAAAUGAAGCCUUUGUGAAACAGACAGUGGCAGAUCUCAAGGAGCUCGACCCCGAUAUCUUGAUGCCUGGCCACUGCUCCGGCUGGCGGGCGAAAGUCGAGAUCGAGAGCGCGAUGCCUGGAAAGCUGGCUCCGUCGACUGUGGGAACAAAGUUCUCAUUCUAGGGAACUUACCUCUAUCAUUUAAUCAGGGCUGAAUUUCUCCGUCGGUACAAGAGUGAGCAUAGUAUUAAUGGUUGUCAGAGAACUCUGAAUGAGCAUAUCUGUUUCCAUUCUGUUCAGCUUGCAGCUGCCAUUCAUGCCCGCUUGUGUCCUCAAAACUCGAACUGCACGACGAUGAGUGCGGGACGAAGAGGGAAGUUGCAGGCGUCAAAAGACCUCAGCGUAAAUGAAACUGUGGCAAUGGGAUAAGUGCGAG